CCUGCCUCUCAGUGCAUUUCUCGACACAAGUUCCCAAGGUCCGUUUGCCGCCGUCGCAACACUACAGAAUCAAUCCAAUGGACUGUAAAGAGACUCAACGACCAUCUCGCUAUUCCUUUUCUCGGCCCCGUUCGAGAUAUGGAUGUGGCCCCUGUAAGAAACUUCGCAGGAAGUGCAGCGAAGAGAGACCAUCUUGUGCGCGCUGCUUGGAGCUGAGUCUUCAUUGUCAGUAUACCGUCAAGCUUUCAUGGGGAGGCAGAAACUUUAGGAAAUCCAGAUUUGGGCAGUGCUUAGAUAUAAGCAUGACAAGAACAACCACUCCUAAUACCGGUUUCAUCUACGGCGUCGAUGGUGUGAACUCGUUGGUGAUCGCAUCUGCCGGACCUGACGCAAGCGAGGAUAGUUCAGCAGAGUCAGACCAGGCCCAAUCGCCCAAAGUUUACCUGGCGAACCGUCAUAUCAAACCCGACCCACCAGGCAUUCCUCUUCGUCGAUAUCAAGAGCUCCUCACACUUGAUAUGAAUCCUUCUGAUCGAUUCUUGCUUGACCACUUUGUUAAACUGAGCUCAGUUUUUCUCUCUUCCCACGACAGUAUCUGUCGUCGAGUUCUUACCGAGCUCGUCCCAAUGUCGCUACAGACGCCACAUCUCAUGUGGUCGAUACUUGCACUUGCCUGCCGGAGCUGUCUCAGUUCCGGUCUCUCCUCAAUUAUGGGCGCAGACACGGAGACCAUGAUGUUACAAUUCUCCUCUUCCAGCUUCAGAAGUUUACAACAGGCCAUCUCGACAUCCCCCGAAAAUGAUUCUCUUGUUCCCACGACGCUUCUGUUGUGUCUCGGAGAGAUAUAUGGCGGUCGGACACAGUCGAAAAGCUGGAUCGUGCACCUCAAAGGCGCCAGAGCUCUGAUGGCCGUUCGAGACUGGUCCAUCUCCGAAGUUGCCAACGAUCAACGCGAAUCAUCACUCCUAUGGGGUAAUUUGUUUUUAAGCAUCACCAUCCAAGCUUCAUUGUGUUCAAACCUAUGGGGGCAUGACUGGCUUCGUACAGAGAUGUUGACGACGUCGGGAGAACACUUUGUCGACGAACUUCUUGCUUUCAGCACAGAGCUCAUUCCGAUCUUGCUAUCGAUAGGUCAACUUGAACAGCAGCCUCGGCAGUCUCGUGUCCCACAUGGAGAAGACCUAUUACGAAAGCUCAAUGCCAUGAUUGAACGUCAUGAACGUGAUCCGCCCCCUCUGAGGCGCGCCCUACAUGCAAGCACACCUGAAGUCGAAGCUCAUCAAUUUGCCUUGUCAAGUGCAGCGUAUCAUUAUGCAACGCAAAUUCAUAUCUAUCGGAGGUUGUUGGAUCGACCUUCUGAGAGUUCAGGCCAGCGUUCACAAUAUCCUUCAUUGCGCGGAGCAGAUGGUCAAAGGCGAAGGAGGUCGUCCGUGGAUCACUAUGGUGAUGCCGUUAUUUACGGCAGGGUGCGAGGCCCAUAGUCCUGAAAGCAGAGCAGCGGCUUCCGGAUAUCUCCAAGGGCUGGAGCAGUUGAUUGGUGCUCAGAACAUCCAUCAUGCACGGAGUGUUAUGGAAAAGUCUUGGGACUUGAAAAUGUUCGCGAAGGAUUCAUCAUUGAUGGUGCCUUCGAUCUGGUCUCACACAGCAGAAUCGGGCUCUAGUUUCAUAACCUUCUAGGGAAAAUCUCUGGGCAUGUUGAGGGAGGCAGAGACAUCAUUACCCAUGACAGCCUGGCCGAGCAAGCGAUCUAUGCUAUUCUCAAUUCUGUCAAUCUUCCAAUUCUCGAAACCCAUGUCUCUAAACACACUAUGCACAACUUCCCUGCUGGGCACGCCGGCAUCUUAUCAAUGUUCUGGAGUUGCACCUUCGUACAUAUGCAGCUACUUGAAUGUCCGGAACGAAUGUCAAGGCAAGAGCCAGAGAUCAAGUCUUUUUGACAAUCACUGGCUAGAUGAAGAUAUCCGCUCCUCGAAUUUCAACACACAUGUCUGAUCCUUCGGUCGUGACGCAAUGAUCUGAUCGUCUAUAGACAUGUCUGCGGUGAACUGAGGAGACAGCCGGGUUGUGAACUUUCCAUAUAUCUCCCGCAGUAAGGUUUUCAUUUCCACCAGAGCCAAACUACAGCAGCAUUAGUAAUCAAUUUCCCGUAUGAAAAGAGGGAGGACGGGACAAACUUCUUUCCAAUACAGCCUCUCCCUCCUGCAGAAAAGGCAAAAAAGAGCCGGUUUCUCUCCACCCUUUUCUCUUUUUCUAGCCAUCGUUCAGGAAUGAAAGCGUCAGGGUCGGGAUAUAUGUCCGGAUUAAGUCGGUGUAAAGAAUAUGCUUGACAGCUGACCGUCGUCCCUCCGGGGAGCUUGUACCCGGAAAUGGUGCUGCCACCGACCGGUACGGAUCGUGGUAAACUCAUGGGCAAGGGCGGAAAGAGUCUCAGACCUUCCAUGACGAUUGCAUCGAGAUAGGGCAAGUCAGUGGCUUUGACGUGAGGGUUUUGCACAAUCUCCUCGUAUAGGGACUCUUGAAUCUUCGCAGAUCGGGGUAACGAAAGUUCGUGCAUCAGGAAGCAAAGCCCGUCGCCCGUCGUGUCGAUCCCAGCUGCCAAGUGGUCAAGGCAUUCCGCAGCUAUUUGGACGGUGUCCAGCUCGGUGGACUUGGCUUGCAGGCUGUGGACGAGUGAGGUUCCAUUCAGCUGUGUAUCUCGCGCUCGCUCGAGGAUAAAAUGUUUGGUCAAGGGCCACGGCGCAGGUCGGAAGAUAUUUGCAAUCUUGUCAAGAGGAGGACAAUAUUGUUCCAUCAGCUUUUCUAAAAAAAAAAAAGGUUAAAAGACCAUUUCAGUCAGUGAAUGAAGGGUGUCUCUUCUAGCGCUGGGAAUAAUUCUUACGCCUCAGGGUGUCAUGGUAUGAGAGCU